AUGAGCAAAGAAGAACUUACAGAAAAGUAUCACAUCAUAAACAUUGACGAAGCGGAAUACAAAACCCUUUCCCCGUUUACAAUACAAAGGAAGAUCUUUGAAUGUAUAGGAGCAGAAAUAGAAAUAAAGAAAAUAGGAAUAGGACUAUUAGGUGUCAAAGUAGGCACUAUAGAACAAGCCGUGAAAUUAAAACAACUAGAAAGUAUACUAGGUACAAAGACAACAGUACAACCGAACGACAGGUUGAAUAAAUCUAUUGGUGUUAUAACAUGUCUAGAGUUGGCGUCAUGCUCGGAGGAUGAGCUAAAACAGGAAUUAAAAGACCAAGGAGUCAUUGACGUUUAUAAAAUGACCAAAAAACAAGGAAAUGACAGAGUACCUUCCUCAACGAUUAAACUUACCUUUGGGAAGAGCACACUCCCCACGACUAUUAAAGCGGCGUACCUCAAACUACAGGUACGGCCAUAUAUUGGUGCUCCUAGGAAAUGUUUUAGAUGCCAAAAAUUCGGUCAUCUAACAAAGUUCUGUAGAAACGUCCCAACCUGCAGUUGUGGAAAGGAGCAGCAUGCGGAAAGCGAACCGUGCUCCGACCCACCAAAGUGUACAAAUUGUGGAGGACCACAUAAAUCAAACUACGUCAACUGCCCAACGUACGUAAAGGAAAAAGAGGUGAUGAGAGUACAGGCCACCCAGAAAAAUAUUAACUUCCGAGAAGCAAGAGUAAUGGUCUACGGUAAGUCAUACGUGGUACCGUCAGAAACAUUUGCGGAUCGCACAAAGAACAUUAUAAAAACAAAUACAAAUUUAAAUGACCUGGUUAAGACGACACUAGGUAACCUAGAUGGUCCUGCAAGUCGCACACCUUUCAAAACUCCACAAACACCACCCACUGCAUCGAAUAGCAAUAUCAAGCAAGACGAGAAUACCUACAAAUGCAACCUCUCUGACUGGUCGUAUAAUCAGACCGAAACCGACCCUGAAACAGAAUCCAUAUCCGACGCCGAUGGACAUUCGGAAAGCGAUAAAAAGAAAACCGAUCCCCCCGAUGGACAGAAAAAAAAACCUAGGGGAUACCCUAAAGGUGUACCAAGAAUAAGCCAAAGAAAGGACCCGGCAGUCACUAGCUAUAACCCAGACCGCUACAAAAGGAAAUCAAGCCAAAGUAAUUAA